AUGGAUCACCAAAACUCUCCUGAUAAUAGAAAUCGAUUGAAUCCCAAUAACGGAGGUUAUUCGCAGGGAUAUUCGAAUAACAGACAACCGAUGUAUGGAGAUAGUCCACGUUCGCCACGUGGUCCUCCUAGUCCUCAUCUCCCACCUUCUCCUAAUCGAAAUCCGUACCAACAGGGACCGCCAAAUCUGUUUAUACCGCGUGGUCCAUCAAGUUCGGGACCUCCACCGUUACGACCUGGCCCACCUGGUUCGUACCUACAAAGUGGGCAACCAAGUCCACGUGUUCCUCCCAGCCCACGCAUCCCAAGGAGCCCCGGCGUAUCCUACGACCCACGAGGACAACCUUCAUCUAUCCCUACUACUCCAAGAACUCCUCUGCCGCAACAAUAUUUAUCUUCUCCGAUUUCACCCGAAACACCUCCUUUAACACCACCGGGAGCCGUACAUCAUCACAAAAAUUUUGAUGAUUCGCCAGCAUUAUAUUUAAAAACAAAGAAUUCUCGCCCAUUAAAUGGGCACGACUCCGUGGGAAGAGAAAUGGAUGAUACGUUGAAGUAUUAUUACGAUAGUGAGACUGAAGAUAGCCCAAAUGACACUGCCGAACCGGCAUACCCCGCCGAAGCAUUUCCUGUCGAAUCAAAUUAUGGUUUUUAUCCUGGUCAUGGCAAUACAAAGGGUAAAGGGCGUAAUAACUUAGAAAGCUCUCCUUUAAACACUGCAGAUAUCAAAAAGAACCAUCAAUAUCCGACUUACCCUUACAAUGACACCUCACCUGCGUUCGACGACGAAAGUGAUAAUUAUAAUUUAUAUUAUCCACAUGUUCCCAAUGGAAAUCAACGAUCUCGAGCAGAUUACGUUGCAUGGGGUUCAGAUCAUCAAGUACCCGUGUCAAAGGAAGAGAUAGAAGAUAUUUUCAUUGAUUUGGCCAAUAAAUUUGGUUUUCAAAAAGAGAGCAUGCGCAACAUGUACGAUCACCUUAUGUGUAUGUUAGACUCAAGAGCUUCGCGAAUGCCUCCAUCUCAGGCUUUGUUAACACUUCAUGCUGAUUACAUUGGUGGAGAAAAUGCUAAUUAUCGGAAGUGGUAUUUUGCAACUCGUAUGGACAUGGAUGAUGAGUUGGCCGAUACGAGAAGUGGAAAAUAUACUCCAGAUCUGAAAGGUGAUAACCUCAAAGAAAAAUGGAAUCAGCGAAUGAAUCAGAUGUCACAGUAUGAUCGCAUACGUCAGCUCGCCUUAUGGCUCCUGCUGUGGGGAGAAGCUGCACAGGUCCGCUUCACAAGCGAAUGCUUGUGCUUUUUAUUUAAGCUUGCUGACGAUUACGCAAAGAGUCCUGAUUGCAAGUCAAAGGUUCAACCCGUUCCUGAAGGAGAAUAUCUGCGAAGCGUUGUGACCCCACUGUAUCGUUACAUUCGUGAUCAGGGAUAUGAAGUGAUCGGAAAAAAAUUCGUCAAGAGGGAAAAAGAUCAUGCUGAAACGAUAGGUUAUGAUGAUAUCAAUCAAUUAUUUUGGUAUCCCGAAAGUAUUGAUCGUAUAGUCCUAAAAGGUCGAUCUACACGUCUCAUGGCAUUGCCCCAUAGUCAACGCUAUCAGAUGCUUGGCCAAGUAGAUUGGAAUCACGCGUUUGAAAAGACAUAUAAAGAGAGGCGUUCAUGGUUUCAUCUAGUUGUCAAUUUUACACGUGUAUGGAUCAUUCACGUCUCAAUCUUCUGGUACUAUACAGCUUAUAAUACACCAUUUCUUUAUACGGACCCCCAAAAGCCAGAACCAGCGAUUCAAUGGUCCAUCGUUGCUCUCGGUGGUGCCGUGUCUACUUUAUUCAUGAUUGCCGGGUGUAUUAGCGAGAUCUUCUUCAUCCCUCUAAAUAGUAGUAAUAUAUCGACCCUGACAAAACGAUUUAUCUUUUUGGUAAUCGUGUUGAUCAUAAAUUCCGCUCCUACAUACUACAUAUACGUGAAAGCACGUUCCGCUCCUACAUCUUUAAUAAUUGGGAUGGUUCAAUUCUUUAUAUCAUUGUUGACCACGUUGACUUUUGCCAUAGUGCCGAGCGCGAAUUUAUUUGGUCGUUUAUCAAAAAGUUCGCAGAAAUCUCAGGCCCUCCAAACAUUUACUGCUAAUUACUCUAAACUUAACGCUACAGAUCGGGCUAUCUCAGUUGCUCUCUGGUGCUGUGUAUUCGGGUGCAAAUUUGUCGAAUCUUACUACUUUAUGUCACUUUCCUUCACCGACCCUCUGAAAGCGAUGGCUAACAGAAGGGUUAUUGGUUGCGGUGAUAGACUUGCCGGAAACAUUUGUUCUUACAUGACUGUGGCAUCCAUAAUAGUUAUGUUCGUUACGGAUCUUGUGCUUUUCUUCUUGGAUACAUAUCUGUGGUACAUCAUAUGGAAUACCGUGUUUUCAGUUCUUCGUUCACUCUACCUUGGCAUUGCCAUCUGGACUCCAUGGAGAAAUGUCUAUUCAAUGUUGCCGAAGCGUCUUUAUGCCAAGAUUCUGGCUGCCACUAACAUGGAGGUCAAAUACAAACCAAAAUUUCUUGUCUCACAAGUUUGGAAUGCAAUUAUUAUUGCGAUGUACCGAGAGCAUAUAUUAUCCGUUGAAAAUGUACAAAAAUUGAUAUAUCAAAAGACACCAUCGGACGACGGUAAACAGGCGUUAGAAUCUCCCGGAUUUUUCCUUGCUCCUAAUUCAGCUAACUUCUUCCCUUCAAUGAGCGAAGCCGAACGACGGAUUGCUUUCUUCGCACAAAGUUUGACAACACCAAUUCCAGAUCCAUUACCAGUGCAAAAUAUGCCUACAUUCACGGUGUUAACUCCUCAUUACUCAGAAAAGAUCCUUCUUUCUCUCCGGGAGAUUAUCCGUGAGGAAGAUCAAAAUACUCGAGUUACUUUGCUUGAAUACUUGAAACAGUCACACCCGAUUGAAUGGGAUAAUUUUGUCAAAGAUACAAAGGUCAUGGCCAAAGAAAAUAAUAACAAUAACAUUAACGAUGACCAAUUCAGAAAGGAGUCAAAAGAAUGCAAAGACAAAAACAUGGACGAUUUACCUUUCUACUUCAUUGGUUUUAAGUCUUCGGCACCAGAAUAUACUUUGCGCACACGUAUAUGGGCUUCUCUUAGAACGCAGACCCUAUACCGUACAGUCUCCGGCUUCAUGAAUUAUUCAAAGGCUAUUAAACUCUUGUACCGGGUUGAAAAUCCGGAUCUCAUUUCAACGUACGCUAAUGAUCCUGAAAAACUUGAGGAAAAAUUGGCAGCCAUGGCACGUCGCAAGUUCAAAUUCCUAGUAUCGAUGCAGAGGUAUAGCAAGUUCAAAGAUGAAGAACGAGAAAAUGCAGAGUUCUUAUUACGCGCCUAUCCGGAUCUCCAAAUAGCCUAUAUUGAUGAAGUGAAAUCAGGGAAUGGUGAAGAGCCAAAAGUGUUCUCCGUGUUAAUUGAUGGUCAUUGUGAAGUGUUACCUGACGGGACGAGAAAGCCAAAGUAUCGUAUUCAACUUCCUGGCAAUCCAAUUCUUGGGGAUGGCAAAUCUGAUAAUCAAAAUCACGCCAUCAUUUUUUAUCGGGGCGAAUACCUGCAAAUGGUAGAUGCCAAUCAAGACAAUUAUCUCGAAGAAUGCCUGAAAAUUCGUAGCGUCCUCAGAGAAUUUGAGGAAUAUGAGGUUCCACCAACAUCUCCAUAUUCGCCUGCCGCCGAAAUGACCCACAAGGAUCCUGUAGCAAUUGUUGGUGCUCGAGAAUACAUCUUCUCAGAGAAUUAUGGAGUACUCGGUGAUGUGGCUGCCGGUAAAGAACAAACUUUUGGCACCUUAACUCAAAGAAUUACGGCAAAAGUAGGUGGUAGAUUGCAUUACGGACAUCCCGAUUUCUUGAAUGCUGUAUUCAUGACAACACGUGGUGGUGUGUCAAAAGCGCAGAAAGGUCUACACCUUAAUGAAGAUAUUUAUGCGGGUAUGACGGCAUUUUGUCGUGGUGGGCGUAUCAAACACACCGAAUAUUAUCAGUGCGGCAAAGGUCGCGACCUCGGAUUUGGCUCGAUCCUUCAUUUCAACACCAAGAUUGGAACCGGAAUGGGGGAGCAAAUGUUGUCCCGAGAAUAUUAUUAUCUCGGAACUCAGCUUCCACUAGAUCGGUUCCUGACUUUUUAUUACGCCCAUCCAGGGUUCCACGUGAACAACAUCUUCAUUAUGUUGUCAGUGCAACUAUUCAUGUUGGGCAUGAUGUUCAUCGGUGCGAUGGCUUCUACCCUGACACUUUGCGACUACAACCCCGAUCCAAAAGCUGAACUUAGCCCACCAGGAUGCUAUAACCUGGUUCCCCUCUUUGAUUGGAUCAAGCGUUCGAUAAUUUCCAUCUUUCUUGUAUUCUUUGUAGCGUUCCUGCCAUUGUUCUUCCAGGAGUUGACUGAAAGGGGUUUCAUACGUAGCGCCAUGCGCCUUGGAAAACAUUUCAUGUCUCUAUCACCUUUCUUUGAAGUGUUCUCUACUCAAAUUUAUGCCAAUAGUAUUGUGACAAAUCUUAGUUUCGGUGGUGCCCGUUACAUCGCUACGGGACGUGGAUUUGCCACUGCUCGUAUCCCGUUCUCAAUAUUAUAUUCCCGGUUUGCCGGACCAAGUAUCUACUUUGGGAUGAGACUCCUGUUGACCUUACUUUUUAUAUCGAUGACUAUGUGGAUUCCGCAUCUAGUCUACUUUUGGGUAUCAGUUAUAGCGUUGUCAAUAUCACCGUUCAUCUUUAAUCCACACCAAUUCUCCUUUACCGAAUUUCUUGUUGACUAUCGGGAGUUCUUGAGAUGGAUGUCCCGAGGAAAUUCCAAAAGUCACGCAAACUCCUGGAUCGCAUAUUGUCGCGUAUCUCGAACGAUGAUCACCGGAUACAAACGUAAGAAAUUGGGACAUCCUUCGGAAGAGACGGUCGGAGAUAUUCCCCGUCCAAGUCUGGCAGUUAUUUUUGCGUCGGAAAUAGUCUCACCAUUUAUAUUGGCAACCUUUUGCGUCAUGGCGUUUAUGUUCGUUAAAAGUUUUGAUCCACUGAAUCCCGGACAUCCUAACGAAGGACCUAGCGCUAUCAUCCGCGUUAGCGUAAUAGCUAUCAUACCCGUUCUAUUAAAUGCAUGUAUGCUGGCCGGUCUUUUCCUUGUAUCAUUAUUCCUGGGAUCCAUAGUGAGCUUCUCCAAAUUUGGAGCCAUUAUUGCCGCGAUUGCACAUACCUGGGCAGUCAUCAACUUAGUAGGCGCCUUUGAGCUUUUGUGGUUUAUUGAAGCAUGGAGUCUUCCUCACGCCAUCCUGGGAAUGAUAGCAUUGGCCUCAAUUCAAAGGUUUAUUUUUAAAACAUUGAUUGUAAUAUUUCUAUCCCGCGAAUUUAAGCACGAUGAGACAAACAGGGCUUGGUGGACAGGAAAGUGGCAAGGUCGAGGAUUAGGUGAAUCGACAUUCACACAACCUUUCCGUGAAUAUGUCUGUAAAAUCGUUGAGAUGUCACUUUUCUCCGCUGACUUUAUAUUGGGCCAUAUCCUUCUGUUUAUGCUUGCGCCCAUUUGUUUAAUACCCUGGAUUGAUAAAUGGCAUUCUACCAUGUUGUUUUGGUUGAGACCAAGCAAGCAGAUACGAGCGCCAAUAUUCUCUUUAAAACAAAGACGAAAAAGGGCAUACAUCGUAUGGACCUAUGGGCUAUUAUUUGCAAUAAUGUUUAUAACAUUUGCCGGUUUAAUUGCUGGACCUAUAUUCGUAGGGACUCAUCUAAAAUUGAAAUUAAACAUACCAAUAUAG